AUGCUCUUCCCCAUGUACACGGUGCUCUUGCCAACUGUGCUGGACAUGGCAGAGAUACGGCCGCAUGAGGAGUUGAAGGCGGAUGGGCUUCUGACCCUUUUUCGGGAAGACAUGGGGAAAGCUUUAUUUGUCUCCCACCAAUGGGUGGGCAGCAUGCAUCCAGAUCCUGAGUUCAAACAGUUCCGGGUACUGCAGGAUGCUCUGAGGAAUGUAGUCUCAGGCUUGGUGGAGGUGGAUCUGGACAUAAUCACCGAACUCACCUUUGGUCGCUCUAAGUUUCUGGCUUUGGGUGCAGAAGCUCGAGGCCAGAGACUGUCCAUCUGGUACGAUUACUUCAGCUGCCCACAGUUGCAGACUUCCACAGCUGCAGAGAUGACCCCAAAGGGCGGAGGCCGCGGAGAUCUCGGCAAAGCUAUCGACAGUAUCCCGGCCUACGUGGCUAAGUGCAGCUUUUUCUGCGUGCUGUGCCCCAUCGUCGAGAGCCCGGACAAGUCUCGGGUGUUCAGUCCGUAUACGUGGGCGCAGCGAGGCUGGUGCCGAGUUGAAAGGAUGGUUCAUGAAAGCUCAGGACACGGGUCUUUCAUCAUGAUCCGGAGCGGCCAGAAUAUUGAGCUGAAGGCGACGUCGUUUUUGGCCUCGUAUGGAAGCUCACCAGGUCUCGGCGACUUCAGCGUGGAGGAGGAUCGCUUGAAAACUGCUCUUGUGCUGAAGCAGGUGUUGCUACGGAGGAUGCGCCUCAGCCUGCAGAGGGGUGAUUUUACCACCUACCGGGUGGUGCUGAAUGCCCAAGCGGCGCUUUUCAAAGGCUUGCCAGUGGAACCCAUCAGUGGCCUGGUCCCAGGCUUUGAACAGUUGGAGAAUGGCCCAAAGAGUCUGGUGGCCGAGUUUUUGCACCAGAACGGUUUUCGCUAUCCACUGGAGUAUGACAACGCAGGUUGGUCACCUCUUUGUUAUGCCUGCAUGAAAGGAGACCUGCAGCUCAUCCAGGGGCUGCUGGAAGCCUCGGCAGAUGCCAACGAUGAGACCAGGAAGGCCCAGCCAAUGUUGGCCCUCUUCAGAGCCAACGCAGUUCUGGGCAUAUCCGCAUGCUUCCACAACAAUGAUGCCAUGAAGCUGCUGAUUUCAGCCAAGUCGAAGGUGAAUCCCAGAGGGAGCACAUUCCCCCCAAUUCUUGGCGCCACCUUUGCGAACAACGUGGAGGGCGUCCGGAUUCUAUGUGAGCACAAGGCCUUUGCUGACGUCAUCGGCCCAACAGGAAUUUCUGCAGUGCAGCAAGCAUGCACGGCUGGCAGCUUCGAAGCGCUUCAGGUGCUUCUGUUUGAGACGCAGAGCAAGGUGCCCUUGUCGCAUGCUCUACAUUACGCAGCAAUCUUUUCAGACAGCUCGGCCAAAAUCAUCAAGAUUCUGCUUUCAGCGAGGGCCGACAUCAAUGAGCAGUUCUCGGAGUCGUUCGGGAACUUGCUCGGGCUUGGCAUCAAAGGAAUUCAGUGCCGGUUGGGCGGCAAGGCAACCAAGUUGCGGUUCAUGGGAUACCACCAUCGUCGUGCCACGCCACUCAUGAUGGCCAUAUUGUCUGGACAGUUUGAGUGCGCUGCUGCUCUUGCCGUGUCUGGAGCCCGUCUGGACCUUCGAAAUGCAAGGAGGAAGAAGGCCGAGGAUCUGGCUCGGCAGAUGAGCGUUCCCGAAUUCUUGAUGGAGGCUCUGCAGGGGCAGGUUGAACGAUGUGCAAGCGUGGUCUCCCUCGCAACUUCCCCAAACGAGACGAGCGAGGAAGCACUCGAAGAAGACUACUUUGAAGUUUGA